AUGGAUCCCCAAAGCGCUUUAGAGCCUGUUUCGGUAAGCUCAGCAUCGCACAAGAAUGUUAUCAACGAUAUUCUGAAGCGCUUAGACCGUCUAGAGAGUCAUGUCCUCCCGGAUAAGGACUCCGAUGAGAGGGACGAUGCGUCCAGUACAGCAUCAUUAGCUGACUCGGUCAUGAUCGAGCCCAUCACGUCACACCCAGGGAACCCAUGUCCCCCGAUCUCGCCAAGACCGGCCUUCGGAAUACUAGACCGGUUAAAGGAGGGCAAAGUCAAGUCGCAGCUGUCCAGCAUACUCUUUCAGCUUCGAUAUACAAAAUUCGGUCUUUUUGAAGAUGAACAAUUCGCCAAUGCGCUUCAAGCUUCAUUGGAAGAUCUUGAAAGCUCUGAGACCCAAAACGAAGGAUACAUGCCAUAUCCACGCCCAUUCGUUACGAAGGAAAUGGCGAGGAAGUGGUUGAAUCUCUUCUUUGAAACCCACCAGUUCGGGGCAUUUCAACUCGCUUUACCGAAGGAUUUCAUUAUGACCAUUCCUGAUCUGUUGGAGAUACGCCAUGUUCAACUGGACAACUUGUCCCUGAUAAUAUAUUAUAAUGUCGUUUUCCAAGGCAUGUUGUUGGAUCACGACAACAUUGAGGACAGAAAUUCCUUCGUGCAAUACUUCUACCAAACCUGCAUGGACAUGGUAGAGGGGUGGUUAGAUAAAGUCGAAAACACGGCGACAGAUCUCUACGCCACCUUCCUCAUGUAUUCGAUGUCUGUUGAGGCCUUCAACAGUGACUUGGCCUGGGAGAUCUUUGGGAAAUCAUGUACCAUUGCUCGAGCGCUUGGAUAUUUUGUUGUCGAUGUAGGGGCCCAAGACCCUAACGAUCAGCAAAUGGGAUUCAACCAAGCAGCCGAUGCCGAGAAUGAAACGGAGAAAAAUCGAAAACGGUUUGAGUUCUGGCACCUUUUACGGACAGAUUGCAUCUUUCGCUUGAAUUUUGGCAAGCCGGCCCUCAUUACCCAAGGGUCCUGGGCUGUGAAUUUUCCUGAUCCGAGCAUCGACGGAAAUGUCGAUGAGACUCCGCGCUUUGUUCAGAUCCAUUUUCUUGCCUCGAUGCGGCUUACUUUCGUCUUGUUGAAAUACCUCGACCUGAUGAACACCGAAACGCUGCAGGAUACAGUUCAAUACAACGAGGCCCUCGAAAACCUCGUAGCUGAGGCUAAAUCAAUCAUGACCGGGUGGAGAGUGGAGGAUUUACUGAAUGACACGACGAAUCAAAUCGACUUGUGGGUCUGUGUAGACAUACUGUUCAGCGGAUACAAGCUUCUCAUCAUCCUGUAUCAAUCGAAGAAAUCAGAUCAGAGCACUUCGCAUGAAAUUGUGGAUAUUGCGAGAACCUCCCUUACCACGAUGCAGUCUCUUGUUCAUUCAGCCCCGAAAAUGUACUGGGGGACAAGAGUCCUAGCAAGAUGGCGCCCCCUUAGCUCCGAUGAAGCAGGACAACAAGAGAUCGAGCGCGAGUACACACACCGAGACUCACACACAUCUUCACUCUCCAUUGCAGCACUCCUACAGCCACAAUCAGUCCCCAGCCGAGACCGCUCCUGGCAGAGCGGGCCAUCAUUCACAGAGAUAUUCGAAACAGACGACAAUAACAAGACAGUCUUUGAUGCGGUCGUGGCACCAAUCCUCCCCCGAGUCCUGGAAGGUCAAUCGUGCAAUUUCUUCGCCUAUGGUCAUUCCGGCAGCGGGAAAUCUCACACCAUUAUCGGUUACGACUACGAGCAUCCUGACGAGUUCGGACUCUGUCUAGCCGCUGCGCGGUCUUUACAUGAGAUAUUCGAGAAGAUCAAUGCAGCUGAUACGACUGCAACACAACUUGGACUGGGAAUUCGCAUGGUGCGACCUAUAUUAACCAAGGCGUGCUGGAACUUCGAAGACCUACGUCGCGGGUUACGAGUCGGACUGAAGUUGCGUGCGACCGGGACGUCGAGUAUUCACGAUCAGAGUUCGCGGACUCAUGCUGUUCUAGAGCUGGAGAUCGUGACAAGAUCAUUGCUUGAGGCCCACGAUGCUGUCGUCGAGAGACAGUCGGAGCUGGUGCCGGUGGGAAAGCGUGCGACAGAUGUCUACAUCGAAGAACACAUGCGAGCUCUAAUGCAGGACGCAGACGGGAAAUAUAUUCCUAAUCCCGACCACCAAUUAAACCAGGAGGCGAUCGAUGCUGCAGAGACAGAAAAAAUGGAGUUCGAGGCCCGCGUGAAGAAAGCGGAAGAUUACGAGGAUGAAGUGUUCAAGACAACGGCACGCCGUCAUGUAUGUCUUGGGGGCAAGCUUGUGUUUGUCGACUUGGCCGGAUCGGAAUACUAUGACAACAAAAACAGCCUUGGACAAAAGCAGACGUCCCAAGAGAAGCAAGAAGGAAGGUAG